UCCGACCCAACCUAAACCCUCGCGCCGCAUAACUUCUUGAUGCUUUCAACUGUCAUCUGGCCGUCGGGCGAAAAAUCGGCCUUUCAGCAUUUAGCGUUUGUUUCGCACGUAUACGGAUUCCGGUGAUCAUCAGAGAGUUUGCACAUCAUCUGCAAACAUGUGGAAUGAAAGCUCCGCUGGUUUCGGAGGCGGCUUUCUCGAUGAGAGUGUGAGCGGCACGCAGGCCGGCGGUGGCGGGAAAAAGGGAGCACAGAGCAACGACAGGAAUAUCGUUCCGGUGCUGAUAAAACAUAUAACCUCGACGACGGGAGACUUGCAGAUUGGUGGUAAAACCAUAAACACCUUGAAAUUCGUCGGGAUCGUGCGUCAUAUCGAGCAAGAGACAACGAAGAUCUCUUACCACAUCCAGGAUGAUACAGGUAUUCUCACAGCUAUGAUGUGGUUGGAAGCAGAUAAGAAUGCUGUGGAAGACAUACAAAUCGACACGUAUGUGCGAGUUCAUGGGCUGAUACGCGACCAAAAUAAUCAACGGCACGUAUUAAUUUUGCGUAUAUAUCCCCUGCAAAAUCUGAAUCAUCUGACAUGCCACUUUAUGGAAGUGAUACAUUUUAUGUUGAACUGCAACAAGUCUGUGGGAGAAUCCGCCGCUGAACCCAAUGCGUUAACAUUUGAUAACACAAUGAGUGGCAUGUCGCCCGAACAAAUGACGGUUCUUGAAAUCGUUCGAUCCGCGCAUGAUUCUGAUUGUGGUAUUGAGAAACGUGACAUUAUAACAAAGUUGCCUAAACACGUCAUAUCUCGCUUGGAUGAGAUAUUAGAUUUUCUCUCUUGCGAAGGACAUAUUUACACAACUAGCUCGGAAGAUUUCUUUAAAGCUACCUAAGUUACAUGUUAUAUCGAGAAGUUCCAGUACCAUAUAUUAAAUAGUUACUCAAGUUUAUAUUUAAGAAAAUUAAAGUUAAAAUAGUUUUCAUAUUAUUGUCAACACGUUUCCAUUGGCCGCGUUCAGUAGAACGUUGUUUUUAUAAUUGCUAAGAUUUCUUUGUACUGAGAUUGGAUUACUCCUUUAGAUUUACAAGAAUAAUUCAAUCUUAGCUCAAAAAACUUCCAACAGUUGUAAAAUAAACGGUCUGCUGAACGCUGCUAUUGUCAAUAGUAGACAGGCAAGAAAAUAAUAUAUUUAAGUGCUAAAAAGAUUAAAGUGAAUUUUAAUCUUUCAAGAACAAAUGUAUUUUUGUUGAACUCAAGAUAUUUCUAAUAAAAAU